AUGCCGCGCAAGCUGCUUAAGUUCCUGAUCAUCUUCGACAACACCUCCCUGCUCUACUUCCCCGGCCAGUUCCUCUCCGGCCGCGUCCUCAUUGAGCUGCAGGACGAGACGCCGGCCCUGGGCCUCCAUUUCCAUGUGGUGGGCGAGGGCGUGGUGCGCAAUGGUCGCCGGCAGGAGCGGACGUACGACAAGGAGAACUACAUCGACUUCCGGAUGCGGCUGCUGGGCGACGUGGACCAGGGCGGUCCGGCCAUACUCUCGCCGGGCAUUCACAGCUUCCCCUUCAAGCUGGGACUGCCGCUGGGAUUGCCGUCGACCUUCCUCGGCCGCUACGGCUGGAUCCAGUUCUACUGCAAGGCGGCGCUGCGCGAGAACAACGGCAUCAUCCACAAGAACCACCAGGUUUUCAUCGUCAUGAACCCCAUCGACCUGAACCUGGAGAAGCCCAUCCUGGCACAACCCUUCACCUGCGAGGUGGAGCACAAACUGGGCGUCGUCUGCGUGGGCGGAGGUCAAAUCAAGUGCCGGGUCUCCCUGGACCGCGGUGGCUAUGUGCCGGGCGAGAACAUUCUGGUCACCGCCUUCAUCUCCAACUACAGCAACGUGUCCAUCAAGCGAACCAAGGCGUCGCUCACAGAGACCAUUGAAUAUUUGGCGCGCGGCAAGGUGGUGCAGACGGAAAAGCGGGAGCUGGCUGUUUUGGUGCGCGGCAAGAUUCGUCCCGGCGGCAAGGACGAGUGGCACAACGAGCUCUACGUGCCGCCCCUGCCCCCCACGAACCUGCAUGGCUGCCACCUGAUCAAGAUCGCCUACGACGUCUUCUUCGUCAUCGAGCCCAAGUCCAUGGAGAAGGAGAUCAAGCUGCAGCUGCCCAUCGUGCUGGCCACCUACCCCUUCCGGCACUCCGGGGACGCGGCGAAUGCCAACACCUGGCCGGAGUCGGUGCUCAAGCCGGACACCCACACCCACUAUCCGUCCACGCUGCCCAUUUUCCGGCCCUGGCUGCACGAGAAGCCCAACGAGGCAUAGCCUCUGGGCUCCGGGCAACGGGCGACAGGCUCCAGUUCCAUCGUACAUCAUAGUUUUGUUAACAACGAUAAUUGCGCCAUACACUAAUUUAAACUUAUUUAACUUGUACGCAUCGUUUCUAAUGUUUUUACCAUGUGCAACUGUGACUUUCUCGUUUCUGAACAUUUUCUCUUUAUUAAACAAUGGACUUACAUUUCAAAAACUACAAGUAAUUAUAAUAAACAACAUUAAAAUGUAAA